AUGAACAACAAGAAUGCAGCCCCGUUCGUCAGGAUAUUGCAAGCUCGGAUGCAGCAGGCACGAACUGAGAGACGGUUGACUCCUUCUAUCAUUGCCGUCAUCAUUGUCCCCAUCUCGGUGGCCGUCAUCCUUAUUUGUGUGGCCAUGCUAUUUGUCGGUGUCGAAAAGGAACUGCACCAGUCGCAUAUCUUAUCGCCAAUGCACAAUCAAGAACAGUUAUUGAAACAAGCCAUGCAACGAGCCAUCGAACGGCAUCAAGCACAAAAUAAUGCUACCGCUCGACUGUUAUUGCGAGGAGGAGGACAACAACAAGACGACAAUCAUCCGCAGACCACCACCACUACCAAUAACGAGAAGGAGGAAUCCAUGGAGAGUUUGCGCCAAAGAUUAAAGCCUUCCAUUUGGACGGUAGCCGACAAGGCUAGCGAUCCGGCCGUGACCAAACUCGUGUCGGAAAAGCUGCUCACGGCGGCCGAAAAAGAACAAGGGCUCCGACUGUGUGGGAAAUUUUUGUACUCCAGCAUGGAAAAAGCCGUCCAAGUCGGUGACUUGGGAGAACAUACCUUUGUGGCCACGGGAGAUAUUGACAGCAUGUGGACGCGGGAUUCUGCCGUCCAAAUGGGCAUUUAUGUGGGGCGAAUGGGACGACAGCAACCCUUCCUGCGACUUGUCGUCCAAGGCGCCAUUCGACGGCAAGCCUUCAACAUUAUUCAAGAUCCAUACGCCAAUGCCUAUUCCAGAAAAUGGAAGGAUCCAUCGGCACGACCACUCCGAGAACGUGUCAUUGGACGGGGAGGAUGGGUCGAUACACGCAAUUACGAAGUGGAUUCUGGGGCCUACUUUCUGACGCAACUCUACGACUAUUAUGUUGCGGAGCAUCUGUAUCGACCGGAAGUACUCUUGGCCGAACCCAUUAUCUUUGAUGCCGUCAUGCUCAUGGUACAAACCUAUAUUGUGGAGCAGAAUCAUGAAACCAACAGCCCCUAUCGCUAUUUUGAACUGCCCGAAGGAGGCAAGGGUUCAAAGACGGGGUAUACGGGCAUGACAUGGUCCGGUUUUCGUCCUUCCGAUGACAAGUGCCAGUACGGAUACCUCGUACCAUCCAACAUUCAUGCUGCGGCUGGACUGGAACGGGUAUUGGAACUCAACAAACGCAUCUGGAAGUCGGAAGAUUUGGAAGCCAUGACCUCCAAACUUUUGCGAGAAAUGGAAGAAGGAAUCCGAAAGUAUGGAGUGGUCGAAGUUCCGGCCCGAUCCGGAACAGGAAUGGAGAAGAUUUAUGCGUACGAAGUGGAUGGACUUGGAAAGUCUCUGCAUGACUUUGAUGAUGCCAACGUACCCUCAUUGUUAUCCAUUCCCUUGCUGGGAUGGUCUGGCUACGAUCGCGAGAUAUACCAAAACACUCGGGCUCGAUUGCUGGAUCCGAAAUUCAACAAAUACUACUAUCAAGGAGAGACUUUGCGAGGAAUGGGAUCCCCUCAUACACCUGUGAAGUAUGUCUGGCCUUUGGCACUGAGCAUUGAAGCCCUGACUGAAGAAGGGCCUCCCGACCAUCGCGCUCAAGCCAUGGCAUUUCAAGUCCAACAAUCCCUGAAAUCGGCGUGCAACGAUGCCAUGCACGAAGGUGUAGACAGUAGACGAGGAUGUCCCUUGUAUACCAGGCCGUGGUUUGAAUGGGCCAAUGCCAUGUUUGUUGUCUUGAUCGAGACGGCACUCGGAGAACGAUGCGAUGCUCAGGGAAAAGCUCUGGCGCUACAAACGGCGUUGGAAACUGCCACCCAGGGGAAGCCCGUAGGUCCUGGUUCAUUCUUUGAAAACAAAUUCCACAAUGAUCACAAGGUACCUGAGUUCUACCAGGGAAUUGAAGCCAAGGUCAAGUAUGUAUCUUAA